UGGGAGAUUGAAAAAGAUUGGGAAUUGAGCAAGAGAAAAGGAUUGGAAAGAGUUAUUCCCGAAGGUAAAGAGUUAUUUGGAGUUAAUACAAAAGGAAAAAGUCUAAAUAAUCUCGGUGUUGGUUUAGCACCGAAAUUCCAUUGGUCCGACAAUGAUGCUGAUAUUGAGAUUUUGACAAACUCUUCAACAGAUUUGCCACAUCCAUCGCAAACAAUUGUCACACCAUCGCUCUUAUCAAAAAAACCACUACAGUUGAAUGAGAAUUAUCCUAAAGCAAAAAGGAGUCAAGUUCAAGAAAUCUUUAUCACUCAGCCAUUAGAAGGCGAAUUAGAUUUAAAAGAUUUUACUUGUCUUACUCAUUAUAUUGGUGGUUCUAAAAAAGGUGUAGAAGUCUACAUCUCUCCUCGAGUAGAUAAUACUAAACUAACCUUUAACAACUUAUCAGAGCAUGCUGAGAUUAUUGAGAAUAGUUGA